CCUAAAGUUAUCAAGAUACACACACAAAAGCAAAAAAAUGAAGGCACCGUCACAACAAGACAUGACUUACUAUGGCAAUGUCAAGAAACAGCAAGAGGAACACGGCUGCUUAUACGCAACGUUUUACGGGUUGUUCUGUUGCUGUUGCUGCUACGAGAAGUGCAAGUGUUGUUGCUGCUGCGUUUGAUUUCUAUGUAUCAUCAUCUCAAAAUUAUUCUCAUUAUGUGUCCCUCGCAUUUAGCUCUUUUAGAUCUACUUAGUCUUGCGAAUAAAUCUAUAUGUAUGUU